GUAGUUAUGUGUAGCCCAGCACGCAGGUUCAACAGAUCCUCUCAGUGUUCACAACAACUCCGCGGAGCCAGAAGGGGAACGUUUGAGGGCACUUGACAGCUUUCAGAGACUGCUAUGACAUCUCGCAGGUGGUUUCACCCCAACAUUACCGGAAUCGAGGCAGAGCAGCUCCUGUUGACCCGGGGAGUCCACGGCAGUUUUCUGGCCCGGCCGAGCAAGAGCAACCCGGGGGAUUUUACCCUCUCUGUCAGGCGUAAGGAUGAGGUGACCCACAUUAAGAUCCAGAACACUGGUGACUACUAUGACCUGUAUGGAGGCGAGAAGUUCGCCACACUGGCCGAGCUGGUGCAGUAUUACACUGAACAACAGGACCUCCUGCGCGAGAGGAAUGGUGACGUCAUUGAGCUUAAAUAUCCGCUCAACUGCAAGGACCCCACAUCUGAGAGGUGGUACCACGGGCACCUCUCAGGUCGAGACGCAGAAAAACUGCUCACGGAAAAAGGCAAAGCCGGCAGCUUUCUGGUACGGGAGAGCCAGAGUAAACCGGGAGACUUUGUCCUCUCUGUUCUCACUAAUGAGGAGAAACAUGACAAUGUGGACCGCAAGACCAAGGUCACCCAUGUGAUGAUACACUACCAGCAGGACGGCAAGUACGACGUGGGUGGUGGUGAGAGGUUUGACACCCUGGCUGACCUGGUGGAGCACUAUAAAAAGAACCCCAUGGUGGAAAAAAGUGGCAUUGUAGUACACCUCAAACAGCCUUUUAAUGCCACGAGGAUAAAUGCUGCCAACAUUGAAAACCGGGUACGAGAGCUCAACAAAGUAGCAGAUAACUCUGAGAAACCCAAACAAGGAUUCUGGGAAGAAUUUGAGGUACUUCAGCAGCAGGAGUGUAAACUGCUGUAUCCCCGGAAAGAAGGCCAAAAGCCAGAAAACAAGAGUAAAAACAGAUACAAGAAUAUCCUCCCCUUCGACACGACACGUGUUGAAAUCAGGGAAAUGGAUCCUGAUGUUCCUGGUUCAGACUACAUCAAUGCCAACUAUAUCAGAAGUAUGCAUGAAGAUGGACGUUUUGUGGAGGAGGGUAAAGUCUUCAUCGCCACCCAAGGGUGUCUACAAAACACGGUCGUUGACUUCUGGAAGAUGGUGUAUCAGGAGAAUUCACAUGUAAUUGUCAUGACCACAAAGGAGAUGGAACGAGGACGGAACAAAUGUUUCCGUUACUGGCCAGACCUUCAUGCCACUAAGGAGUUUGGAAAAGUGCUGGUGAGGAAUGUGGACGAGCGGCCAGCACAAGACCAUAUCCUGAGGAAGCUGGAGGUGACACGUCUGGACCGGAAGGAGCCUGUGAGGUACAUCUGGCACUAUCAGUACCUGAGCUGGCCAGACCACGGAGUGCCCAAUGAGCCUGGAGGCGUCCUCUGGUUCCUAGAGGAGGUCAACCGCACCCAGAGCACCAUUCCACACACUGGGCCAAUUGUCGUCCACUGCAGUGCAGGCAUCGGCAGAACUGGCACAAUUAUCGUCAUUGACAUCCUUAUCGACAUUAUUAACCGCCAAGGUCUCGACUGCGACAUUGACGUCCCGAAGACCAUCCAGAGGGUACGGCAGCAGAGAUCGGGCAUGGUGCAAACAGAGGCUCAGUAUAAGUUCAUCUACAUGGCUGUGCAGCAGUACAUAGACACAGUGCAGAAGAGACUGGAGGAGGAGCAGAGGAAUAAGAUGACAGAGAGGGAAUAUUCCAAUAUCAAAUAUCCCCAGAUGACCAACUCGAGGUCCAAGCACAACAUGACCUCCUCACGCUCUUCUUCUGUGCUGACAAACGACGAUUCAUCAAGCGUAUACGAGAACAUAAACUUCAAAAGCCCUCAGACAUCUUUCAGCAGUAAUACCAGGAGGUAAAAUCGGCGCCGUGGACCUCCUCUUCUGUCUGCCUCUCUCUCCUGAAAAUCCCUUGGGAGGGUGGGGGGGGCUCCACACUCGGUACACUCCACAUCGCUGGAUCUUGGCGCGGACCGAAGGUGGCGAGCUGAUGUGUCUGCUGCCACCGUCCUGCUGGACUUCUGUCUGUCUGGACUUCUGUGGAGUCCACAGCAUAGUGCCCUUACUCAGGCCCCCCACUUCCACUUGCCCUUUUUCUUCCCUCCUGUGUUAAUGCUUCUCCCUUUCUUAACCAGCACAAGUGCCUUGUCACAGGAUGUGUCUGUAAUCUAGCCAACCCAAACCCACUGUUACCCUGCAAGUCUACAUGAAGGCAAAAACAGUUUUCUCUUAGGGUGACAGAUAUUAAAUGUGGAGCCCGGCCUGGCCUCAAGUGAACAGAGCUGUGUGGGACUAAGGGAAGAGGUCAAAACUAAGCCGUUUGUCCGCGCGCUGCCCCGACUCACUCGGUUAUCUCUUUCUCAGUCUUGGCUGCCUGUCGUCUAAAUUGGAUUCUAAGACUGUUUUUGCUGUGUCCUGUCUGUCCAGCUGUGGUGGUUAUUAAUGUGGCCGCUGAGUGAUGGCAAGGGCAGUUGCAUAACCUGCUUCAUGACCCCAGUCACAAGAAGGGCAAGCAAGUCCCCUCCCUCCUUUGAAUCUUUAAUGAAGUUGUCUUUUUAAGUUGUGAAAGUGAAUAAAUUUUAUUUAGAUAUGACUGAUUAUCAAAGUUUUGUAUUGUGAAGGAGUUAUAUAUAAUCUAACUAGCUGCAAAUGCAAUCCACUGUUCUUUGACAAUAUUGGAGGUGAUUUGUUUUCGCCGUCGGGACAAAACCCGUCUGCCCCGACUGUCUAUGAACGUGAACAUGACCUCCGGUUAAAGAACAGUCAUUCAUGAAAACUAGGGCUGUUCUGUCCAUGAAGUCAUUUUUUUUUCUUUUACUGAUGUUGGUAUAAUGGUUAUGUUUUGAUGUUUAUUUAAAUAUAUAUUUAUAAAGAUGCGCUGUGGUGUAAGAAAUCA